UGGUCGCCCGGAGGAGGCAUUCCUGUCACGUCCCGGGAGUCUCCCCCGGCAGCCCUGUAGUCCGACAGCCCUUGCCUGCCCUCAGCUCUCCUUAAGAUGGUGGGGGCCCUCUUCGCCUCGCCAGAGGCGCCCCCCACUGAGGGCCCUGGUGUUGAGGAGGGCCUGGCCGCCCCGGCAGGACCCCCCGGUGAGGGUAUGCCCCGGCAGCGUCGAGACCCACCGACAGCCCCCCUCACGGGCUGCGAAGCCGGCGAUCCUUCAGCUGCCAGGGCCCCCUUGGUCAAUGGCAGUAGGUGUCCCCCUGCCAUCGGGGAGAAAUGACCCCAGCUGGCUGGUUUCUUCAGUGCAGGCUGUGUUGGCCACCGGGUCGGGGAUCAUCAUCAUCCGCUCCUGUAGCGACGUGAUAACCGACAGGCACUGGCUUGCCCGAGAAUAUGCCUGGUUUUUGGUUCCAUACAUGAUCUAUGACACCUACGCCAUGUACCUCUGUGAAUGGUACCGAACCAGAGACCAGAACCGCAGACACUCUCUCACCACUUUUCAAAACUUCCUAAGUAAAAACCGCCUCAUGAUCACGCACCAUGCAGUCAUUCUGUUUGUCCUUGUCCCCGUUGCACAGAAGCUUAGGGGAGACCUUGGGGACUUCUUUGUUGGCUGCAUCUUCACGGCAGAACUGAGCACUCCGUUUGUGUCGCUGGGCCGAGUUCUGAUUCAGCUAAAGCAGCAGCACACCCUUCUUUACAAGGUAAACGGGAUCCUCACACUGACGACCUUCCUCUCCUGUCGGAUCCUUCUCUUCCCCUUCAUGUACUGGUCCUAUGGCCGACAGCAGGGACUCAGCCUGCUCCAAACGCCCUUCCAUAUCCCUUUCUACUGCAACGUGGCCAAUGCCUUCCUCAUCGCUCCCCAGAUCUACUGGUUCUCUCUGCUGUGCAAGAAGGCAGCCCGGCUCUUUGACACUCCCCUAGCCAAAAAGGAUGGUUAAUUGCUCCCAGGAGUCAGGCAGGAGGGUGCUUCCUCAUGCUAGCUGCCUCCUCCACUCAGUAUUCCGUGGACCAAAUUGUGCCCUGGGUGGCCUCAGCCUUUUGGGUAUUGAUAAGCAGAUGGGUUUGAGUUUUUCUAAAGAUUAUUCAUAUUACCUCCCUCUUCUAACCUGCCCCUUUUGCAAAAGCACUUUUUUUUUUGGUAACAACGAUCAGGUCCUGUCAGACCUCCAUUGGCAGCAAGGUGGUUUUAAUGCAAGCCCAAGGAUCCUUCCUUGGGUCUUAUCUCAAGGGCUCUGGGAGGUAGAAGCAUGGGGUGUGGAGAUAGGUGGACCAGGGCGAGAAGUACUUGGGCACCCGCCUGGCCCUAAUAUCGGCGGCUACCCAUCUUUCCAACCACUCAGGGCAGUAUCCACAUAUACUGGGCCAGCAGAAGCAAAUGAUGACUUGGUUCUUGCAAUAAUUUCUUGUGAUGUUGGCCUGGGAAAAUUGUUGUGGGUAGGUAGUUUCUUAUUGUUUACUAGAUAACCCAUUGGUCCUUUGCCUCAUCCUUUCAUCCGUGUGCCAACAUUGAAUUCUCAUGUCUAAUGACUUCCGAUCAGAAGUCUCACUGGCAGGGGUGGGUAGGAGGCAGGGAUGGGAACCUGAAGCACUUGAGUAGGUAGGAAGGCCAACAGGUCAGCACCUUUGCAGGCUGACUUGGUGAAGACCCGUGUCAAACUUGUGAGCUUGUUGUAAACACAAAUACCACCCCCUUUUUAACAUGUCCCCUCAAGCCCAGGUUUCCCCAUAUCCACACGCACAGGAUGCUCUUAUUAAAAACUAUAGGGGUUAAGUGAAAUGAUGGCUACUGAGCUAUUUACUGGGUAACCCCACUCUUUGACACUGUCCUGAAGUAGAAAUGGACUUCUGUAUUCCAAACCACGAGAUGGCUUGUCUAGACUGCCUCCUGAUAAGCCAGAGCUUAUGGUACAAAGCCUCUUCCUAUGUGAGUGUACCGCCCUCUAGCCAGAGGCUGGAGAGCAAUAGUCCAAGACAGCCCUGGCCAAAAUGCAUCCUGUGGACUGACUCCUUCACCCGCCAUUUGCAAAUAGGAUCCUCUGGUGCCAACACUAAUCAUUCCUUAUCAACUAGGAUGGGUUUUAGAAACUGUGCUACCAUGAAGCUUUUUUUCAAGUGGCAGUGAAAGACUAGAUUUUUUUAAAGUGUCUUUUAAUUCAUUGUCGUCCAUGAACUUUUAAAGUACCGAAUAUGUAACAGUGUCUCAAAUUUUGACUAUUUCAGUCUUUAAUGGGUGCCAUUUAAAAAACCUAAAGUGCUGUAAUGUUUUUUACUGUUUUGUUUACUAUCAGUAUAUCUUUAUAAAUCAUCCCUGUGGUGAUUAAACUGCACUAAUAUUUCCCAACUUAUCCUCCUUUGUGAAAUACAUCAACAGCAACUUCCUGUGAGA